UGGCGGUCCAUCUAAGAAAAACCUGCGGCUUACUGUGUGCGAUCUUGCUGAUAUUUGGAUCGUGUGUGUCAGCGGUCUGCGGACACUCCAAUGGGGAUACCCAGGGACAGUGUAGCCAUGGACACGACCACCAUCACCAUCACCGCAGCGGCCAUGAAUUCUCGCCGGCGGCCCAAGAGCAUUCCCAUGGACAUGCUCACCACCACAACCACUACCAUGAAAGCAGUGUUGAUUCGGAUGAAAUGACGCUUCUUCCCGAAGAAUUGGCCGAAGAGGAGGAUCUGAAGCUAUACGGUUUUGGGUCCCGCGAUGAAGACCACCACCUUCAUAAUCACGACCACGAGCAUGUAGAGUUUGAGCUCUCUGGACUUGGCCUUUGGCUUCAUGCAAUGAGUUGCUCUCUAUUGGUGAGCUUGGCUUCCCUUGUUUGUCUGAUCAUUUUGCCUCUAAUUUUUUUGAAGGGAAAACCAUCCAAAACUAUAGUGGAUUCAUUGGCACUAUUUGGGGCUGGAGCUAUGUUGGGUGAUGCUUUUCUUCACCAAUUACCCCAUGCUUUUGGGGGAGAUCACACCCAUUCAGAAAGUCAUAUGGGCCAUUCACAUGAUCACAGUCAUUCUGGCCAUUCUCAUUCUCAUUCAUUGAAGGAUCUUUCUAUUGGAUUAUCCAUAUUGGCUGGAAUUUUUCUUUUUCUUAUUGUUGAGAAGCUUGUGAGGUAUGUUGAAGAAUGGUCUGGAGGAUCUAAUGCAUGGGGUCAUGGUCACCACCAUCAUCAUCAUAAACAAAGUAAGAAGCUGAAGGUUGAUAAUGAUCUUAAGGGUCUCUCUCAUGAGAAAACUGGAAGCUUACCACAAAACAAGGAAUCUGGUGGAAGUGCAAUUGAUGGUCAGUCUGCCAAGAUACUUGAUGAGGAGGGACACAAAAAUGCUGUUCUGCUGAAGAGAAACACUGGUAUUGAUCGUGCUGAAAUUAAAACUGAUGGAGAUGCUUCAAAAAUCUCUAGAGACGAUGGUAAAACCACUACAGAAGAAGAGCCUGUCAAAUCACAGUCAAGUCUGGUAUUUGGUUAUCUCAACCUCGUCUCUGAUGGUGUUCAUAAUUUUACUGAUGGGAUGGCAUUAGGUAGUGCUUUCCUGCUCUAUGGAUCUGUUGGUGGGUGGUCUAGAACGUUGUUUCUGCUUGCUCACGAGCUUCCUCAGGAGAUAGGUGACUUUGGAAUCUUAGUGAGGUCGGGUUUCAGUGUUUCCAAAGCGUUGUUUUUCAACUUCUUAUCUGCACUUGUGGCACUCGCUGGAACUGCACUGGCAUUGGUGCUUGGUCAAGAUCCCGGGCAAUCUUCGCUGAUUGAGGGAUUUACGGCUGGCGGGUUUAUUUACGUUGCGAUUGCGGGAGUUUUAGCCGAAACGAACAGCAGUGGGUCCCCAUCAUCGGUAAAGAGUACAGCUGUUCAACUAGUCUCUCUGGUGUUAGGCAUGUCAGUUGCUCUUACAAUUUCCUUAGUUGAAUGAUGUAUGCUCGCUUCGCCAUCCCCCAUCCCAGUCUCAACAGAUUUUGCAAGUUAAUGGAGGAUGCUCCUGUUAGUGAAUCUUGUUCUAUGUUAUUUAGGAGUUUGUAAUCGUAAUAUAUGUCAAUUAUUUUAUAUAAACUUUGAAUAUAUAUAGAAAGUGCAGUAAUGAGAUUGACACUUCAACAAACGUGUGAAUGAUGCACUUUUGGACUUUUGGUCCAUUAUGGCAUCACAUUGCAUUUUCUUUGUUACGAGUACACUUCGGGUUGAAUUUAAAUUCAUUUACAAAAAUGAUACGUCAUUAUAUCAAUAGUGUGGCGUAGGUGUGUGUAUUAGAAAGUUUGAAACGGCAUGUUAUUAUUAAAUUAAAUGUAUUGUUUACUUC